AUGGGAGAGGUGAAUGUGGCCUUCAAGGAACCGGUACACAGGAUUGUGGAUCGAAUCAAGAAUGAACCAUAUUUUCGGUGGCCAAACAAGAUGGGAGGAGACCCGUCUAGGAGAAACCAAAACUUGUAUUGCACUUACCAUAGAGAUAGGGCGCAUACGAUUGAGCAGUGUAAGGAGCAGUUGGCAAAGGUGGGGUACCUGAAGGAAUUUGUGACGGAUCCAAAGAAUCAAGAAGUUAGGCAAGGCGCACGGUCGCGAGGGAAUCCUUUCCCACCCCCAUUGGGAGUAAUAGAAGUCAUCCAUGCAGCUCUAAGAGGCACCCAAGAGUUAAGGAGAAGGGUUGUACUGACCAUAGCACCGAGAGGGAAUGGCAUAGGUGAGCAACCCGUCGAGAAGAAGUUGAAGUAUACUCGGGAGCCCAUCGCUUUUAACGAUGAUCAUCUAGAAGGCACAAUUCAACCGCACGAUGAUGCUUUGGUAGUAAUGGCCCGGAUAAAUAGUUUCAUAGUAAAGAGGGUACUGAUAGAUCAGGGGAGUGGCGUCGAAGUGAUGUAUCCCGACCUGUACAGGGGGCUUGGUUUGAAGAAGGAAGACAUAUCCAGGUAUGACACGCCCUUGAUGGGGUUUGAUGGCCAAAUGGUGAUCUCAAAAAGGUAG